AUGUGGAAAACCGCGGUUCUCCCUCUCUCUUUCAAGUCAUCAAGAUCCCACGCUCAACAGCCUCCAAUUAACCUGACCGUGCUGGGGGAUAUCGGAAGCAGCCUGAUGAGCGAGAGGGGAUAUGACAGCGAUGCUCAGUACCUCGCAACACCAAAACACAGUGACCGCAUGGAACGAUCCCCGACAAGCCGUCCCUUUCCCCGAAUGGAGUUGAGUGAAGUGCUCGAGCAGAGGCCCGAGCUGUUGGAUUCUGUGUUCCGGGCAGCAGCCUUCAACGACAUUCCCGAAAGUGAACCUGGGUCUCCCUUUGGGCUGCGUUACAUCCCUACCCUAUGUGGUAGUCUGAGCGGUGCUCGAACUGCCUCCAAUGCAAGCGGCAUAUCAUACAAUAAUGGAGCUCGGCCUGAGACUUCCCCCGGCGAAGGACCGAGCACUGUCAGCGCUGAGAUGCAACCCGCGGCGACGCGAUCUCUUGACACUCUGACAAUCGUCACCCCGAAUUCUGCUGCAAAUAUUCUGGAACCAGUCCCAAUUAUCGAUAUCCCAGCAGGUACCCAUAGCCAGACCCUCAUGGCCGACUGGAUCCAGUUCUUGAGGACGAACAGCCGGGUCCGUGGCACGACCUCGUCGGCAUCACUUUCAGAUCAUGGCCAGCAUGGUCCGGAUCUUGUCGUUCCGACAAGGCAAGAACCAUUUCCCUCUGACCAGUCGUUGGUCGAAGGUCAGCCACUGCAUCUGGAUGAGCUCCGCAUCUCUCAUGUCCUGGCACCUCGAUCCAUCUCUUCUGGAACACACUCGGGCAACGCAUCCAUCACAGCCGGACGUACAAAAACAAACCGAUAUGCAUUGCUCACCGCAGAGAAUUCUCACUUGCUCCAGAAAACAGCAACAUCGGCGGUCUCGGGGACAGAUUCCCAGACACUAACCGCACUCCACACGCGAGACGCAUCGUCAUUCUAUUCACGCCAAAGCAGUCUUUUGUCAACGGAGGCGCUCAGGACUCGUGCUGCCAAUGCCACGGCCAGCAAAUCGGAAAUCCAGGUAGAUGGGAUCAUUCCGGGCGAGAAGCCCGACUCUAUUGUGAAAAGCAAGUUUGUUGAACAACUCAGCCCCAUUACAAAUGAUUCUGAGUCCCCCGGCUCUCCUAUUCAAGAGCUAGAAUCUUCCCCUCGUCAAGUGAGCGUCGGUUGGAUGACCAAUGGUCGACGUGUGGGGUAUGGCUAUACAAUGGUCUCUAAACCUGAAGAAGCUUUCCCUACCAGUGCUCCUCGCCAAACCCAGGAAUCAAUCGAACGGCCAUCGCUGAUAAAUGCUGACAAUGAGAAUAUCAAGUCGACUGAAGCCGGCUGUUCUAUUGCGAUUGACCCUGAUUCGGAGGAGCCAAAGGCGUUGAUUCCGCUCGAAAAGCCUAUCAUUAUCGUUGACCGUCGAUUACCUCCUCGUGAUCCAGCUGAGGGCCCCGAGGAGGUUAAUGAUACCACUGAAUCGAUCAAGGAAGACACUUCGUGGUGGAAGAAGCUGAAGACCCGACCCACGAGCAUCCAGCCCCGGCCGCGCAAAGCCAGGGAAGAUGUCCAUCAUGGGCGCAAGACAUGGGUCCUUGGCAGGGGACAAGGCUCUUCGAUUCUUGAAGAGCUAUCAGAGCACCCUCAAGUCGAAGGUUCCAAUGCAAACACCUCCACCCUUCCAUUCAAUGGCCCUCCAGUCGGUAUUCCGCAUGGCUACAUUCCUUCCCCUCCAACUCCGUCUCGAAACGGGCGCUGGUCGUGGCAGGUUUCUAAAUACAAGGAGACCAAGAGAGAAACCAAGAGACUCUCAAACGGACGCCAGGAGAACUCGGAUGCGUCUUCUGGUCCAUCUUUCCAAGACUGUGCAUCAAAUGGGCUUGGCCGGGUCAAUUCCACGAGGAGCAAUGCCCAAGAUUUGGCGAGUAUGUAUCAGGAGGAGUGUCUUGAUGCCAUGCCUGGAGCUUUUGAGGGGAGUUCGUGGGCCCGUCGGGCGUGA